AUGGAAAUGCUCCGUCAUGUAGGAGAAUCCGACCUAACACGAGGCCUGCACCAACGCCACGUCUCCCUCAUCGCCAUCGCCGGCGCCAUUGGAACCGGCCUUUUCCUUGGUCUGGGAUCCUCCAUUCAACUCGCAGGUCCUCUGGGUGCGUUGUUGGGCUACUUCACCGUUGGCUGGAUUGUGUGUAGUGUGCAGUUUGCCUUGGGGGAGACGACGGCGUUGUUGCCCGUCACGGGCAGUUUUGUGAGACAUGCCGAGUUUUUGAUCGAUCCGGCGGUGGGGUUUGCGGUUGGGUGGAAUAUUGUCUAUGGAAAUUGGUUGAGCAUACCGGCGGAAAUCUCAGCCAUCUGUGUCUUGAUCCAAUACUGGUCGGACAUUAACAGUUCAGUGUGGAUCAUCCUGUUCAUCCUCUUGACAUGUGUCAUUGGCAUGUCCCUGAUCAGAGUCUAUGGCGAAGUCGAGUUCUGGUUCGCUCUGCUCAAGAUCUUCUUCAUCAUAUUCCUCAUCAUCCUCGGCUUGGUAAUCGCUCUCGGUGGCGUGCCUGGUGUCGAGAGGAUCGGUUUUCGCUACUGGAAGACACCAGGCCCCUUUGUCGAAUACAUCGGCACUGGCGCUUGGGGCAAGUUUCUCGGAUACUGGGCUUGUAUGAGCUCUGCAGUCUUCUCUUUCGCAGGCACAGAAUCGGUAGCGAUGGCAGCGGCAGAGACGAGAAAUCCUCGCCAAGCCAUACCGAGAGCAUGCAAGCGAGUCUUCUUCCGUGUGGCCAUCUUCUACUUGCUCGCAGUCCUGGUGGUCGGCAUGCUCGUGGCGAGUGACGAUGAGCGCUUGAAUGAUCAGUCCGGUACAGCGGCGCAGAGCCCCUUUGUCAUUGCAGCAUCUGCAGCCGGUAUCAAGGCGAUUCCUUCGGUGGUGAAUGCGAUUGUCAUCACAUCGGCCUGGUCCUCGUCGAAUCAGGCCUUGCUGUCAGGCACUCGAGUCCUCUAUGCCCUGGCACUGAAGCAACAAGCACCGCAGAUCUUCCUGCGAACCACUUCCUGGGGCGUGCCAUAUGUCUGCGUGCUCCUCCAAACUGUAUUCAUGUUCUUGGCGUUCAUGAGCUUGUCCAAUGGCGCGUUGACGGUCUUCUACUGGUUUCUGGACCUCGUGAGCUGCGGAGUCUUGAUCAGCUGGAGCGUGAUUCUGAUCAACCAUCAACGAUUAUUACUGGCGAUGAAGAAGCAACAGAUCCCAUACUCGCUUCUUCCCUGGCACAAUUCCUGGACACGCUACUCCACGCCGACAGCACUAGUGCUCACAGUCACCAUCCUCUUCACAAGCGGCUUCUCGAACUUCACCACGGGCGGCUUCACUGCAUCCGGAUUUGUCUCGAGCUAUCUCGACAUUCCUCUCGUGCUGACAGCUUUUCUAUUGUGGAAGUUUUUCAAGAAAACCAAGUUUGUCAAGCUGGCGGAAAUCCCUCUCCGAGAGGCAUUCGAGGAAAUUGAAAGGAAGCCAGAAGAGCCCGAUCCAGUUCCCAAGGGUUGGGUCAAGCUUGUCAGCUUUCUGUGGGAUUGA